AUGGGAUCCUGUUUUACACAGCCAAAACCUUCUUUAUAAAAGUAAGCUUAAUUAUCUAAUCCUUAACCAGCAUAAAAUGGUUCUCAGAAAAUUGAAAAGAUCUCUACAAAUGUUACUGAUGAGAAGCCAGCAUAAAAGGAUUGUCAGAAAUUCAAAAAGAUUCUAAAAAAUUCUACUGAUGAGAAAUAAACAGAUGAAAAAAAUUAAAUACCAAGAGUACUUGAAAUUAAACCUAAUGAGAAAUAAGAUGGUAAAUAAACUAGCAAAAUUUAAUAAAAAAAAACAGAACAUAACAUCAAGUAAAAAAAUUAAAGUUUACUAGAAAGAAAAUAAAUAGAUUUAAAAAAAUAAAUGUUAAAAAAGGAUAAUUAAAACACCCUUAAAGUAAAUUCUAAAAAUAAAAUCAUCUAAAAAAAUACAGUCAGUAAUCUUUAAACAACCACAAAUAUUUCUGAUAGAGAAAAUACUAAUAAUAAUUAUAACCCUAUUAACUCAAUUAACCCUGCUAUAUGGUAAGAUUAAGAUAUAGAAGGAAAUAUUGAUAAUCCCUUAAAUAACAAUUAAAUUAACAAUAACAAUAACUCUGAUCAAAGUAGUUCUAAGUCUAAUAGUUAAGAUAGUAACAGAAGAAGAACAAGUGAUUCCAGAAACAAUCAUGAUAAUAAUAGUAAUCAUCAAAAUCUCCAUGAUCAUGAAAACAAUCAUCAUCAUCACCACCACCAUUGUCAUGAUCAUAAUUAAUUAGAUAAUUAGAAUUAAAGAGUAGAAAAUGGUAGAGUUACAGGUGAUCUUUUUACCAGCUAAGAAUAAGAUUAAUAAAAUUAUAAUCAAGCUUAAAAUGAUAAUUGCAACACUCACUUCCUUCAUGAAAAUAAUCACCAUCAUCACCAUGAUAAUACUAUUAACUAAAGAACUAUAGAUGUUAAUAACUAUGCUUCAAAUGCUCAAAAUGAUAAUAACUAUGGAAUAACAACUUAAAAUGAUAAUAAGUAUGGGAUGAGUAAUGAUAACUAUGGGAUAACCAACAAUGGUACAAAAACUGAUAAUUAUAAUGAUUAUGGGAUAAGUCAUGAUAACUAUGGAACAACAACACACAAUAAUAACAACUAUGGUACAGAAACUGAUAAAGAUAAUAAUUAUGGGACUAGUAACUAUCACUAUGAAACAACAAACUACAAUCAUAAUCACUAUGCAACAAAUACUUAAAAUGAUAAUAAUUAUGGUACAACAUAUUAUAACGAUAACAAAAACACAACUAGCGAUAAUAACUAUGGAGCAACUACUUAUAAUGAUAAUAAUUAUGGUACAACAAUAUAUAAUUAUGAUAAUAAUUAUGGUACAACAACAUAUAAUAAUGAUAAUAAUUAUGGCACAACAACUUAUAAUAACGAUAACAACUACGGAACAUCUAACGAUAAUAACUAUGGAACAAGUAAUAACAAUUACGAUUACUGA